AUGCCUAUCACUGCACCACACUUAUCCUUCCCCACCUCCUCUCCAUCCUUCCUCCGCAAGAAAUGGGCCUCUCUCGCCUCCUCACGCCAUGAGCAACCUGCUGAAAAAACACCCCCUCGCACCCGCUCUAUUAGCAGCAUGCAACGUGUCUUUGACUCGGGCAUUCCAGUGCGUGAAAAGCCACCGCAAUCACGGUUCUCUCCUACACAGCGUGCUGGAACAAAGACUACAGCGUCGAUGGAGAUGGAGAGCCAAAGUACGAAUGCUACUCCUAGUGAAAGUCCAAGCAUAAGUCCAAGCACAAGCACUCUACGCAACCAACAACAACACGCCACUCUCACACCGUCAGACACGUACGCCGACAGGCAACCAGACACAGACUGCCACCCAGACACAGACAGACCACCCUUUAGCAACGCUAUAUACAACCCCUCUCCUCUAAUCUACCAAGCCCACCACCCCUCAAAAGAGUGCAGAGCAUCCCUACCCUCUCCACCCUCUUCACCCUUCCCCAAACACGCCACCCCGACAUCGAAAGGCCCUAGUGAGAUCCGCGCAACGACAGUGGCGGAUGGCAUCUUGACGCGACCGUUUGGUCGUGCCUGGGGCCUUGUGCAGGGAAGGAGCGAACAGGGUACGGUGAGGCGGAAAGCAGUCGGUACAGCGCCGGCGAGAUUAUUUGCGACGAGGCGCAAGUCUGUUGUGAGGCGGUCGGUGGGUGUCGGUGUUGAGGUUGGACCGCACCAUGUCGAUGCUGGAGCCGCCGCCGACGACGACGACGACGACGGAUAUAUAGUCGACAAGCGUGACGACGAGCCUGAGCGAGACCACAGCGGGAGAGAAGCCAGUCAUACUGCCAAGCUCGACAUGGACGAGCAGUCCUCCCUCGCGCAUCUGCUCGCAUGGCUUGACUUUCCACCGUCCACGCUCUCGUCCACUUCCCUGCUCCCCAAACCUCCUUCCUUUGCGACAGCCCUGUCAUACUUCCCUUUCACUACUACAGCUACCACUGCCUCCUGCUUAACAUCUCUCGACCAGAGAUACCGCCUCGAGCGCUACACAUAUCUGCACAUGCGGAAGAGUGAGCUGGAGGAGCUGAUUGAUAGGGCGCUUUCCGCACCAACUGGUGCAAACGAUGAUGUGGUGUUGGGCACGGAGAGGGAGCUAGAAGAGAGUGAGGAGCGGCGCUUAGAGGCGGAGAAAGGAUGGGUCAUGGUGAUGCGAGAGAUGCAGCGGAUUGAAGCGAUUGGUAUUGUCUGA